CCCGCCCCCUCUGCAUCCGGGGCCUGGGCGGCGGCAGGGCCGCCGCGCGGAGGUCACGUGGUAUCUUCCUUUUCCGUCUUUGGCCGGCUGGGCGCGGGCGACUGCUGGCUAGGCGCGUGGAACCUUACGCUGGUUCCCCUUCGUCUCCUCUCCCGGCCCGGGCCAUUAGGGAGUUUGCUGACGCCGGGUGAGCUGAGCCAGCCGCCAAGAUGCCGGCCUAUUUUCAGAGGCCGGAAAAUGCCCUCAAACGUGCCAACGAAUUUCUUGAGGUUGGCAAAAAGCAGCCUGCUCUGGAUGUUCUUUAUGAUGUUAUGAAAAGUAAGAAACAUAGAACAUGGCAAAAGAUACACGAGCCAAUUAUGUUGAAAUACUUGGAACUUUGCGUGGAUCUUCGCAAGAGCCACUUGGCUAAGGAGGGGUUAUACCAGUAUAAGAACAUUUGUCAACAGGUGAACAUAAAAUCUCUAGAAGAUGUGGUUAGGGCAUAUUUGAAAAUGGCUGAGGAAAAAACUGAAGCUGCUAAAGAAGAAUCCCAGCAGAUGGUCUUAGAUAUAGAAGAUCUGGAUAAUAUUCAAACUCCUGAGAGUGUUCUCCUAAGUGCUGUAAGUGGUGAAGACACUCAGGAUCGUACUGACAGAUUACUUUUAACUCCUUGGGUUAAAUUCCUGUGGGAGUCUUACAGGCAGUGUUUGGACCUUCUUAGAAACAAUUCUAGAGUAGAGCGUCUUUACCAUGAUAUUGCCCAGCAAGCUUUCAAAUUCUGCCUCCAAUACACGCGUAAGGCUGAAUUCCGUAAACUGUGUGACAAUUUGAGAAUGCACUUAUCGCAGAUUCAGCGCCACCAUAACCAAAGUACGGCAAUCAAUCUUAAUAAUCCAGAGAGCCAGUCCAUGCAUUUGGAAACCAGACUUGUUCAGUUGGACAGUGCCAUCAGCAUGGAAUUGUGGCAGGAAGCGUUCAAAGCUGUGGAAGAUAUUCAUGGGCUAUUCUCCUUGUCUAAAAAACCACCUAAACCUCAAUUGAUGGCAAAUUACUAUAACAAAGUCUCAACUGUAUUUUGGAAAUCUGGAAAUGCUCUUUUUCAUGCAUCUACACUCCAUCGUCUUUAUCAUCUUUCUAGAGAAAUGAGAAAGAAUCUUACACAAGAUGAGAUGCAAAGAAUGUCUACUAGAGUCCUCUUAGCCACUCUCUCCAUCCCUAUUACUCCUGAGCGUACGGAUAUUGCUCGACUUCUGGAUAUGGAUGGCAUUAUAGUUGAAAAACAACGUCGCCUUGCAACGCUACUAGGUCUUCAAGCCCCACCGACACGAAUUGGCCUUAUUAAUGAUAUGGUCAGAUUUAAUGUACUGCAGUAUGUUGUCCCAGAAGUGAAAGACCUUUACAAUUGGCUUGAAGUGGAAUUUAACCCACUAAAACUCUGUGAGCGAGUCACAAAGGUUCUAAAUUGGGUUAGGGAACAACCUGAAAAGGAACCGGAAUUGCAACAGUAUGUGCCACAACUGCAGAACAACACCAUCCUCCGCCUUCUGCAGCAGGUGGCACAGAUUUAUCAGAGCAUUGAGUUUUCUCGUUUGACUUCUCUGGUUCCUUUUGUUGAUGCUUUCCAACUGGAACGGGCCAUAGUAGAUGCAGCCAGGCAUUGCGACUUGCAGGUUCGUAUUGAUCACACUUCUCGUACCCUGAGUUUUGGAUCUGAUUUGAAUUAUGCUACUCGAGAAGAUGCUCCGAUUGGUCCUCAUUUGCAAAGCAUGCCUUCAGAGCAGAUAAGAAACCAGCUGACAGCCAUGUCCUCAGUACUUGCAAAAGCACUUGAAGUCAUUAAGCCAGCUCAUAUACUGCAAGAAAAAGAAGAACAGCAUCAGUUGGCAGUUACUGCAUACCUCAAAAAUUCACGAAAAGAGCACCAGCGGAUCCUGGCUCGCCGCCAGACAAUUGAGGAAAGAAAAGAGCGCCUUGAGAGUUUGAAUAUUCAGCGUGAGAAAGAAGAAUUGGAACAGAGGGAAGCUGAACUCCAGAAAGUACGAAAGGCUGAGGAAGAGAGGCUGCGCCAGGAAGCAAAAGAGAGAGAAAAGGAGCGUAUCUUACAGGAACAUGAACAAAUCAAAAAGAAAACUGUCCGAGAGCGUUUGGAGCAGAUCAAGAAAACAGAACUGGGUGCCAAAGCAUUCAAAGAUAUUGACAUUGAAGUAUGUAGCAUUUUAGUUUUAUCCAGGUCUUUUAUACUCUUAGAACCAUAUUUUAAAAAUGAUACUUUGAAAUUUCACUGUAUUUUGUACUUGCAGAUUACCACAAUGCAGCUAGAACGUGAAAAGGCUCUUGAACAUAAGAAUCGAAUGUCACGAAUGCUUGAAGACAGAGAUUUGUUCGUAAUGCGACUCAAAGCUGCACGGCAGUCUGUUUACGAGGAAAAACUUAAACAGUUUGAAGAGCGAUUAGCAGAAGAAAGGCAUAAUCGAUUGGAAGAACGGAAAAGGCAACGUAAAGAAGAACGAAGAAUCACUUACUAUAGAGAAAAAGAAGAGGAGGAGCAGAGAAGGGCAGAAGAGCAAAUGCUGAAAGAGCGUGAAGAGAGAGAGCGCGCCGAACGAGUGAAACGUGAGGAAGAGCUACGAGAGUAUCAGGAGCGGGUGAAGAAAUUAGAAGAAGUGGAAAGGAAAAAACGCCAAAGGGAGUUGGAAAUUGAAGAACGAGAACGUCGUAGAGAGGAAGAGAGAAGACUUGGCGAUAGUUCACUUUCUAGAAAGGACUCUCGUUGGGGAGACAGAGAUUCAGAAGGCACUUGGAGAAAAGGACCUGAAGCAGACUCUGAAUGGAGAAGAGGCCCACCAGAGAAGGAGUGGAGACGUGGAGAAGGGCGAGAUGAAGACAGGUCUCAUAGAAGAGAUGAAGAGCGGCCCCGGCGUCUGGGGGAUGAUGAAGAUAGAGAGUCCUCUCUUAGACCAGACGAUGACCGGGUUCCCCGGCGUGGCAUGGAUGAUGACAGAGGCCCUAGACGUGGUCCUGAUGAAGAUCGAUUCUCUCGUCGUGGGGCAGACGAUGACCGGCCUUCCUGGCGUAACACAGAUGAUGACAGGCCUCCUAGACGAAUUGCUGAUGAAGACAGGGGAAACUGGCGUCAUGUGGAUGAUGACAGACCAUCUAGACGAGGACUGGAUGAGGACAGAGGAAGCUGGCGAACAGCUGAUGAGGACAGAGGACCAAGACGUGGGAUGGAUGACGACCGGGGGCCGAGGCGAGGAGGUGCUGAGGAUGAGCGAUCAUCCUGGCGUAAUGCUGAUGAUGACCGGGGUCCCAGGCGAGGGUUGGAUGAUGACCGGGGUCCCAGGCGAGGGUUGGAUGAUGACCGGGGUCCCAGGCGAGGGCUGGAUGAUGAUCGAGGACCUUGGAGGAAUGCCGAUGAUGAUAGAGUUUCCAGGCGUGGUGCUGAGGAUGACAGGGGCCCUUGGAGAAACAUGGAUGAUGAUCGGCUCUCAAGACGUGCUGAUGAUGAUCGGUUUUCCAGACGGGGUGAUGACUCAAGACCUGGUCCUUGGAGACCAUUAGUCAAGCCAGGUGGAUGGAGAGAGAAAGAAAAAGCCAGAGAGGAGAGCUGGGGUCCUCCUCGAGAAUCAAGACCAUCUGAAGAACGUGAAUGGGACAGAGAAAAAGAAAGGGAUAGAGAUAAUCAAGACCGAGAGGAGAAUGACAAGGACCCUGAGAGAGAAAGGGACAGAGAGAGAGAUGUGGAUCGCGAGGAUCGCUUCAGAAGACCUCGGGAUGAAGGUGGCUGGAGAAGAGGACCAGCUGAGGAAUCUUCAAGCUGGAGAGACUCAAGUCGCCGGGAUGAUAGGGAUAGGGAUGACCGUCGCCGGGAGAGAGAGGACCGGCGUGAUCUAAGAGAAAGACGAGAUCUAAGAGACGAUAGGGACCGAAGAGGCCCUCCGCUCCGAUCGGAACGUGAAGAAGUAAGUUCUUGGAGACGUGCUGAUGACAGGAAGGAUGACCGGGCAGAAGAGCGGGACCCUCCUCGUCGAGUUCCUCCCCCAGCUCUUUCAAGAGACCGAGAAAGAGAAGGUGAAAAAGAGAAGGCCUCAUGGAGAGCUGAGAAAGAUAGGGAAUCUCUCCGUCGUACUAAAAAUGAGACUGAUGAAGAUGGAUGGACCACAGUACGACGUUAAGUCUCAAGAUAAUGGAUUUAAACUGGUGUCAUAAAUAGGUUUGAUCACAUUCAAGGAUUAUCAUACUUGUGCUUCAACCAAUCUAAAUUGGAUUCUUUAAUGUUGUUUCACCAUAACACAAAAAGCAUGAACUUGUAUUAAUCCUAUAUAAUAGAUUGAUCAUGCACCAUAUCCACAGGAGGUUGGAAAAACCAUGCCAUUUUCUGGAAUUUAGGGGUGUGGCAUUAUUUCAUCAAUCAUUUGUUGACAAGAAACCUAAAAAAUAAAUUUAAAAUGUGAAACUUCAGGUAUUGAGUAACACCUUUAUCUUGAUAUAGAACUGAUCUUUUUUUAAAAUUUAUUUUGAAAUAAUUUGGAAUGAAGUAAGAUUCUGUUAAAGAAAACAUAUUUGAAGACCCUUUAAAGCAGGGAAUCUGAAACAAUUUUCACACUUUUUCAAGUGGUUGAAAUGUACCUCUUUUAGGUAUUUUGAGGUAUUUACCACAAACUAAAUUUAGAAAGUUUUUAGAUUGACUUUAAGUAAACAUUACAAACAUUGGAUACAGUGUGGUUUUCUUUAGAUUUUACUCGAGAGAAGGUGAGUAUAAAGCAAUUUGCAGUUACUAUUGUAAUGACGAGAAUACUGCCUAAGUGCGAAUCCAAACAGUACAGCUUUUAAAUUUUAAAGCAUUUGGUAAACUGUCGCUAAGUUUUUUUUUUUCUGUUGCCAAUAGCAAACUGCUUUUCCAUUAAUGGAGAAUUCAUGCCUUUCAAGCAUUUUAAAUAUGACAAUAUUUAUAAAUGUAUGGUUUGGAGGAAUCGUUUAAAUUCUCUUUCCUAAUUUUCUUUCUCUUCAAGAUAGAUUCUUUCAACAAGUAAUUUGUAGUAAUGACUGUGUUGACUUCAAUUUUGGAGUGUAGUAGCUAUGUUAAAGAUUAACUCUUUGGUCUCAUUGAAGCCAACACAGAACUUGCUGCUGUGUUUUUUCUUCAGUGAUAAAUAAAAUACUUACAGAA